AUGGAUAACGCGUCGGUCUACGGAACCGAAGAUUGUAGGUUCGAAUCCUGCCGUGGUCGAAACAUUUUUUUGUCCAAUUUGGUUAUUUUUUCGCAACAAAAUAAUCGUUUUACAAAACAAAACUUUCCCAAAAUUAAAAUACCCAACACUAAAAUAUAAAAAUAUUCUAUUUAAAAAUAUAAUUUUACUUUUAUAGAGUUUAAAACUUAAAAAACCUAUCGUGUUAGGCAUUUACUUUUAGUGGCCAAGACAGUUACACUUAUUACACUGAUGUUCAAGAACCUCAACGUGAUGAUACUGUCAAACCAAAAAAAGUUCCAGACUUCUUCCCCAAAACUGUAAUGAGUAUUAAUAAUGGUAGACUAGUCAAAGUAGAACGAGUAUCCGGAUCGAUUUGUGGAAUUGAAGACUCUUACAUGCUAGGUAAAAUAUGAAUUACUAAUUUUCAAAAAAUUGGUUCUUUUUAUUACUGUGUAACAUAAUUUUCAAUUAUUAAUCAAUUAUGAAACAACUUGUAGAUGCUGAAGACAUGGCAACUGCAGUUAAAGUAAUACAGGCAAUGAAUUUAACUAGAAGCGAGGUAAACAGAAUAUCCGAAUACGCAGAUUCAUUUGACGUUGCCUCAAUAUUAGACGCCAUUUAUCCACACGUAUUUCAGUUGGACGAAAAGGUCAGUUAUUAGGACACACAUGAACAGAUGAACAGUUUAAGAUAAAAUACUUCAACGGUAAUCAAAUAAAAAACAAGAAAUAGAAUAAAAAUAUUGUAUUAAACCACCCAUUCCUAAAAGAAGACACAAGAAGUAAAGCCUGCUUUUUUAGACACAAAGCCGAGCGCUACAACUACUGCAAGAUUAUGGUCCUCCAGAAAGCUUGGUCAGGGCAGUACAAUCACUUACAAUGGAACAGAAAGGCCAUAUCCAAGAACUAAGACAUAAAAAGCGACUAGGUGAAGUGAAAGUAAUUACCCGAGGUAUAAUCUUCAGUCUGCCUGACGAAGACCAACUUCAAGCACGAAAGUUUGUGGCAGCGCUACGUUUCAUGUUUGACUAUGACAAAGCCAUGACCUAUUAG